AUGAAUUAUAGUCGACUACCACUUACACCUAGCCAAAGCACUUCACCUACUUCUUCUAGUUGUCCAAUACAGAAUGAGACUGAUCCUUCUGAAUCACUUUCUGACUAUCCCCAAGAGAUCACUUGGUUAUUCUUUCGAGAUAAUAAAUGGAUACCAUUUCAAUCAAACAAUCAUUACAAGAUAGAACAAGCAUUUACUUUAGGAGGCAUCUAUGUAGAUAUUAAAGGUACAAUCAUCAUCGUAAUUUAA